AUGUCUUCAACGACGGAAGAGACCAUUCCUACGAACGAAGACAUUGAACUUAGGUUUCAAUUAAUUCAAAAGUCGGUAUCACACUUUGAUCCCCGUUUUACUUUAAAGGUUUUCCGAGAAUUGGGUCCUUUGAGAAGACGACUAGAUGUCAAUUCCCUGCUACAAGUCGUAGAGAAAAACUAUCCGCAAGAUGAAAACAGACAGUACCUAAAGGAUAUUCUAGUGAAACUGGGUGCACAUUCCUCACAAGAAGGUGACCACAUGGAAGUAGACUCAGGGUCUGUCAAUACAGUUCUGCCUGAAAUUGACAUAUUCAUUCAUGUACUAAUAUUGAUUUACUUACAUGACCACAAAGAGAUCAAACUUGCAAACAAGUUUGUUCCCUUCACAAUUAGUGCUUUAAAAUCCUAUAAUCGUCGAACAUUAGAUUAUAUUUCAUCGAGGGCAUGGUUCUACAUCGCUAGAAUAAAAGAGUUAGCUGGAGAGUUGACCUCAAUUCGUCCAGAUCUUUUGUUAGCGCUUCGUACAUCAACUCUGCGUCAUGAUAUAGGGACGAGAGCUUCAACAAUUACCUUGCUUUUGAGAAAUUACAUUUUAUCCAAUGACAUCAACCAAGCUUCAAAUUUGGUAGAAAAGACAGAGUUCCCUGAAGAUGCUUCCAAUGCUUUAGUAGCCCGUUAUUACUAUUACUUGGCAAGAAUCCACGCGGUUCAACUUGCUUAUUCGACAGCUCACAACUACGCGGUUACCUCAAUUAGAAAAGCUCCCCAGUCCGAGCUUGCCACUGGAUUUUUGCAAACUGCCACCAAGUUGAACAUUUUGGUAGAGUUACUGAUGGGAGAGAUUCCAUCGUUAGAUACUUUCAGAGAUCCGAAACUGGAGAAAUCAUUGUUGCCAUAUUUGGCCGUCACUCGUGCUGUGAGAUUGGGUGAUUUGAACUUGUUUAAUAAGGCAUUGGCUGAAUACGGAGACACGUUCAAAGAUGAAAAGAAUUACAAUUUGGUUUUGAAAUUACGUCAAAACGUUAUCAAGACUGGAAUAAGAAUCAUUUCAUUAGCUUAUACUAGAAUCUCCCUAAAGGACAUCUGUAUUAAGUUGCAUUUGGAUAGUGAACUAAGUGCCGAGUAUAUUGUUGCUAAGUCUAUUAGAGAUGGCGUCAUAGAAGCCACCAUUGAUCACGAAAAAGGAUACAUGCAAAGUAAGGAGGUGCUGGAUGUGUAUUCUACUAGAGAACCACAGAGUGUAUUUGACGAACGUAUUAAGUUCUGUAUGCAACUACACAAUGAGAGUGUCAAAGCUAUGCGUUAUCCAUUGAGUGCAAACAGAAUUGAUAACAAAAACGCCCCGGAUAACAAAGAUUCUGAAGAGGAGCUAUUAGCUUACUCGUUGAGUGUCUUUGAUGAUGAACUGUAG